AGCUUCUUGUUCAGUAAAAAGUUCGCCGCAAGAAGUCAAGAUGAAGACGUCGUUGCUGUGCCUCCUGCUGCUGGUAGCUGCGGCUGCCAGCGCUGCUGUCGGCGAGGCUGACGGCUCUCAGCCAGAUGUCAGGAGUGACAAGGAUGAUGGUCCCGUGACGGUGUUGCCUGAUAAGCCCCAAGUGGGGCGAGAUGACGGGGUGGAAGAAGCCAGGGAACUUCGCGCCUCGUGCCGGGUGAUUUACCCCCCCUACUUCUACUACCUGUGGGGAUCGGUCUGGACUUUCGUCCCCGCUGGGAACGUCUGCUUCAAGAUUCCGAGCACCGUGUACUGGUGCUGCUUAUCAGGCGGCCCAUGGCCCUAGGCACUCACUGGACACUCACUGAGCACCCCCUGGACACUCACUGAGCACCUCCUGGA